AUGCCUUCGGCGCGUCGUCCGUCGAGGGUGGGCUUGUCAUCGACCCUUCGCGUUUACCUGAAUGGGGUCACGGUCGAUCCUUCGAAGAAGCUCGCAUAUGUCGGCGGAGGUGCAAUAUGGGAGAUUGUCUUUAGGGAGGGUGUGAAACAUGGGUUGGGCGCGGUUGGAGGUGCCGUGAAUCAUACCGUUGUGGGAGGCUACACACUCGGAGGUGGCUACGGAUGGCUCACCUCUGCCUAUGGGCUAGCCGCCGACAGUCUGGUUCAAGCUACUAUAGUAACGGCCAAUGGCUCUGUCUUAACAGUUAACGACACCGAACACCCCGACUUAUAUCUCGCCAUUCGCGGAGGCGGCGGCAACUUCGGUGUCAUCACCGAAUUCGUUCUGCAGCUCCAUAUCCAGCGCCCGACCGUAUAUUCAGGGACCCUCGUGUACCCCGCCUCCGCCACAGAGGAUAUAGUGGAAGCUACUCACAAAUGGCAGGAGAUUGCGGGCGAGAAAGACAGCGCGACAGAGGUUGCAACCGUCGACGACGAAGGCAAUGCCGUAUUCAUCAUAAAUCCAUUUUACAAUGGAACUGAGUCGGAGGGCAGAGAGCGCUUCAAGGACCUCCUCGCAGCCGGUCCCGUGUCCGACACCACGAAGGAGAUAUCAUUCGAAGAGCUCAAUACCUUAUAA